AGGAUGGGGCUGAAUGCUGGAAAGUGUCUUGGCGCUGUGGAGCUGGGUGCUGCUGAACCGGGGAGCCACUGGAGGGUGCCACAGGGCUGGUGCCUGGUUGCCUGGACCUGGUGAGGGAAGGCCUCGUCUUUGCCUGGGGUGGGGCCAAAUCCAAGGUUCCCCACCCGUCGGCUGCGAUGUUGCCAGUGCUCUUGUCUGUGCUGGUGGGCUCGGUGUCCCUCCGGGAUGUGGGGACGGCCGUGGCAGGGCGAGGGCUGGAUCCCAGUGCCUGGCUGGGCAGGAGAAAGUUGCAUGGCUCUGCUGGAGCCUCAUCUGUGGUUGUGCUGCUGUCGUCAGGCAGGUGCCUGGGGACAGUGGAUCUUGCUCUGGAGCAGGCUGCCUGCCUCUCCUGUGGCUUCCCUUGCCAACAGCUGCCGCUAUUGUAGGUAAGGAAUCUUCUCCGGGGGCAGGAAGGUACUGUGUCUUUGGAGAAAAGGGCUGAUCUCAACACUUGCUUCUAGCUGCAGUGUUUUGUUUUUUACCACACUAACAUCACAGGGAUGUGUGCCACCCAAAGGCUGCAUGGCAGGAAGUUAUUGCUCCACUUUGCACCUGCUGAGUUUCAAGGAAAAGUUCUUGGCAAGCCAAAGAGGAAAUGUGGAGAAGAGGGUGAUGCAAGCAUUUACAUAUCCUACCUCUCCUCAGGGUAUAGAAAGUCUGGGCAGGAGCCAUGCCUGUGACCUGGAAUGGGCUGCUGGGUCUGGGGUCCACAUAUUCAGCAGAUCCCAACCUUGGGGUCAAUCCCAUGUACCUCAGGCAGGGUGGAGGAUAGCCCUCGCUCCUUUGGGCAGCCCAUCUGGAUGCUGCAGCUUCUGCCCUCAUCCUCCCUGCUGCUCCCUAGAGGGUGUGUUGGUGGGCACAGCAGCACAGAGGGAUGAAUCCUACGGGAGGGCCUCUGAGCUCUGGCACUAGUACCUGGCACCAGACCAAGGCAAGUGCUUGGCCCAGGUUCAGAACGUGCCUUGGCAGGACCCUGGGGCAGCCUCGCUGCUUAAUAUUGAUGGGUAUUGCCCUGGGGGCCCCAGCCCUGCAGAUCGUUUUCCCAUUCGCUGGGCCAGAUCGGGUUCCUCAUUACUCCCAGCAAAGCCCUCAAACAGGACAAGGGGCUCAGCAGGCAGGGGAGCACUGGCCCGGAGCUGUCCCUGGGCCUCUCAUUUGCUGGUGUGUGGCAGUGUUCAAGGAUCCAGGUGAGGAGAAGGAGGAAGUGUUGGGACUCUUGGAAUGAGGCUAUGAGGUUGUGAGGGUGGCCUCUGCAACUCUAUCCAGGAGUUGAAGUGAAGUAGCAUCCUACAUUUUGGGGUUAAGGAGGGAUUAGGGGAGGAGAGGUAAUCCCAUACUGGUUCCUCCGCAUGUUCCUUGUGUGGAUUCCCAUUUCUGAAGAUGUUGGGAAGGGCUGAAAUCAUCCAUGGAAAUGGCCCAGCAUCCUGGAUGCUCAUGCCUUCUCUUGUUUCUUCUGAGUCAGACUCUCCGUGUCGCUCCCCCGGCCCCCUCCCCGCUGGGAAAGACGAGAUGGGACCAGAGGGCACCUGAGCCCAGAUGCUGAGGGGCCUGUGCCCCCUGCUCCAGGCAAAGAGAUAUCCCAGCGACAGCAGCCCCUCAGCCUGCAGGAGCCUGGGCUCAGCUUCUCCAGCUCAGCAUCCUUGUCAGUGCAGGGAGCUGCACUACCGGCAUCAGCGCGUCAGGGAGGGGAAGCCCUUCCCCAGGGACGGCCAGGCGGCAGGGUGCCCUGCCCACGCCGAGCUCCUGUCCCCCCAGGCGUGGUGCGGCAGGGAUGAGGAGCCGGCAGCGGAUGUUUGCCGCGGUGAUGCGCCUGCUCCUCAAGUGCCUGCGGCUGGGGCGGCGGCGGCGGUUCAGGCUGGUGCGGCAGGUGGAGCAGCUGUGGCACUACGGGCACCUCUGCCUCCGCUCCCUGCUCUACAACUCCUUCACCAACGGCGAUGUGGUGCUUGACUCUCUCUUCGAGCCUGUCUACUGGCUGGUGGACCACGUCACCCGGUGGUUUGGUGUGGUGUUUGUGGCACUGGUAAUUGGGCUGACGAGCUCUAUUGUCGCCAUUGUGUACAUCUGCCUGCUGCCCCUCAUCCUGCAGACCUACACACCUGCCUGGAUAUGCUGGCACCUCACCUAUGGACACUGGAACCUCAUAAUGAUUGUCUUCCACUACUACAUGGCUAUCACCACUUCACCUGGGCACCCACCACAGGCCAAGAACGAACUCACUGGUGUGUCCAUCUGCAGGAAAUGCAUUGCCCCUAAGCCAGCUCGCACCCACCACUGCAGCAUCUGCAACAGGUGUGUGCUGAAGAUGGACCACCACUGCCCCUGGCUAAACAACUGUGUGGGACACUACAACCACCGCUACUUCUUCUCCUUCUGCUUGUUCAUGACCAUGGGCUGCAUUUACUGCAGCAUCAGCGGCUGGGAGAUGUUUCGCGAUGCCUACGCAGCCAUUGAGACAUACUACCAGACCCCACCACCCACCUUCUCCUUCCGCCAGCGAGCUUUCCACAAGAGCGUGGUCUACCUCUGGGUCCUGUGCAGCUCGGUUGCACUGGCCCUGGGUGCCCUCACGCUGUGGCACGCUGCCCUCAUUACCCGCGGGGAAACGAGCAUCGAACGGCACAUCAACAGAAAGGAGAGGCAGAGACUGCAGAAGAAAGGCAAGGUCUUCAGGAACCCCUACAGUUACGGCAGCUGGGAUAAUUGGAAGGUGUUCCUGGGUGUGGAUGUGCCAAGGCACUGGCUCACCCGUGUCCUGCUGCCCUCUCCUCACCUGCCCCACGGGACAGGCCUGAGCUGGGACCUGCCUCCCUGUGUGACGGAGCAACAUGCACCACUGCUGGCAAUCUAAGGCCCUGUGCUCUGGACAUCCCUUCCCACAGGAGAGUGCACAGAGGACCCGCUCCACUACAACAGCUUCCUUUGGCCAAAGUGCCUGGCAGGAGGCUGGCACAUAUCACUGACUGGAGCCAGAGCCAUGGGAAGCUCUAUGGACUGUGUUGGUGCCUGGACACCUGCCCUCUUGGCUCUUGGUAGCUGCAGGCAGCCCAGGGGCAAGGUGGCAGAGCUGCUGCUCCAGCUGAUGGUGCUGCCCUCAUUAGCACAGGUAUGGGCUAGCAGUGGCCCAGCUCAGCUAUCUGAAGGGCUGAGCACAGAGGAUUGCAGCCCCAUCCCCCAAGUGUUCCCCAGGGAGUCUUUUUAAGACUAUCUACUAAAUACUGUUUUUUUUU